CAAUUAAGACCAAACUGUGCUCGAUAUCAUUUCGUGUUUAUUUUAAUCAUUACCAACCGUGAAAGCCCAUCAUUCGGAUGGUUGUAAGCGACUUCUACGGCCUGACAAGCUCAGCGUCUGAUAUGGCUAACCCAGUUCAGGUUGGAACCGGUCUAAACCGGUCCGAGUCAUCCGAUGCAUUCCAUUUGAACACUACAAAUACGACGGAUGACUUUAACUUUAAGAGUUUCCAAAUGGCCGACAUAGGAACCAUGAGCAUCGGCUCCGAUACAGGCGCAAUGCAAAACAAUCAAGAAUUUCAAGAGAACAGACAAUAUAGUGACAAUACGUGUUACACGGCGUCCAUGGUCGCGGGCUACUGCAACGAACAAGAUCAAAUGAACCCGUCGCCCAUUAGCGGGUCUUCCUGUUACUCUUUACCAGCAUCGCCCCAAAACGUUGCCCCAAGCCCCCCGGACCUUAAACCGACCCCAGAGGAACUGCAGUGGUUCGCAGCGCAACAACAACAGCAACAACCUACCAUGUCAUCCUCAUCUUUUAACGGAGACAUUUCCUCCGAAGAGGAAGAGGUAUUGGAAACAUUAUUGGCCAACAUUAACAAGAUGCCAGAAGCCUCUGUGGUCCAGCAAGUAAAUAACCAAGCCAGCUACAUACCACCUUCAAUGGAGAGUUUUCUGCAGCCGAUUUCGUUCCCUCAACCUACUUAUUGUAGCCCGAGUCAACUCCCGAACGGAUGCUCAUCUCUACCUGUGCAAGUUUGCAGCACCAAUUCCGACCUGGCCGCUUAUCCGCCUUUUUUCGCUACACAAACAGACACUUUUCCGGAUUACAUCAGCGCUCAAAACGGCGGUUACCAGCCGACGAGUAACGCAGUUUGCGCGGGGGAAGACAACACCCUGGACAGCUACGUAGCCAAGGGCCUCCAAUCCCGCAGCCAAACACCAAAACCGCGUACCGCUUCUAAACAACAAAACAAACGUGUGACGUCAUCACUGCCCGGCGAGGCGCAGGAGAACCUUCCAGACGAGCAGCUUACAGCAAUGACAGUGCGGGACCUGAACAGGUGUCUUCGUGGAUUAAGCAAAGAGGACGUCAUGGCCCUGAAGCAAAGAAGGCGGACGUUAAAAAAUCGAGGUUACGCUCAAAGUUGCCGCACGAAACGAGUGAUGCAACGACAUAUCCUCGAGAAAGAGAAAGAUGCCUUGCAAAUACAGUUAAACCAAGUAAGAGACCACUUGGCCGCUAUGUCGAAGGAAAGAGACGACUAUAAGACGAAGUUUGAACGACUUCGAAAGUUCUUCCUGCAGCAGCAGCCGGGCGCAUCUACGCAGAACGACGAGUGUUUUCGGGUUGAUUCCUUCCAUUAACGUUCACUGUGCGCCAGGGUCUAGUUCUGAUUGAACUGGAAACACUGUGAACUUGAAUUUCUUCGUGGAAGGCCAACGGAUCCGGCAUCAAACCCAGUCUACGGAAGUCCAACAAAAUCAUUCCUAUAACGUUUGAAGCGUCCAACUUAAGCUGAUACUAUAAACUUACCAAAGAACGAACAAAACUACAAAUUCUGCUUUUUCUAACGAACACAAAAUAGCAGACAUGACACACGCGUUGCAAAACCCCGUUUUCCGUCGCUGUUUCGUAUUUUUUACCCGUUCCGCCUCUAUCGCACCACGUAGCCAAUUUUAUUCAAGAUUUGAUCGUUUAUUUGUUUUUUUUGUUUUUUUCGUCUUAAAUCGUUCCAAACCAUUGUUCCACGUGCAAUUUUAGGAAAUGCACGCAACCAGUUGCUUCAUGCAUACCACACCGUCACGCGUAUCGCAAUGUCAUUUUCAUACAUAUAUAUACAUACGUUCCACAUAGAAUGUAACUGUGCCGUCGGUGCUUCGCCUGUUCCCCGCUAUCCCAGGACCCACAGUUCCGUAAACCCAUACAAUUGUUUUAUAUUUACUGUAUUUUUCUCACGUUGCCAUAUCGACAUACCGUACCCCUGUUAUAACCAACAACCCGAACAUAUUUUCUGUACCCAACUUUUUCCGCUAUUACGGAAGCCUUUAAUACGUCCAGGUCUGCUUUGUACCGAUUCAGUUAUUGGCCUUUUCGCCAAAAAAUAAAUUGUUAUCGGUUUGUAAA